AUGGGGGGGCUGUGGGAGCUUGUUGGUGUCAAAGUUGUGCCGCUCCUCUCCGACAGGUCCACCUCCCGGAGAUCACGCAUGCAUAUUCACCAACGCGGCGUCAUAAGCGUUGUCCUGAAGGGUAGCGUGUCUCAGCAUGCAGAACCUGGUACGGUGAUAGCGUGCUCCGACAGCCCCCGAUCUGGCUGGGAUCUGUUAAGGACAUAUAAGCUGUCUGGGUGGACACAAGCAGUAGAUCAAUGGAGUCCUCUCAACAUAGGAAAUACGGCCUCGAUGAAAUCUUCCGAAGUGGACAAGGUCUUCCUUUUACGAUUGAGUGGGAUAGUACCGAGAAAUCUGCCACCCUCGUCUUGUUGCCUUGCACCAUCACCAACCUCCCCCAAGAACACAUUUGCGGCAUCCACCCUUCACAAGAGUCUACAUCCAAUGCCAGCUCAUCAGGAGAUGCUAGCGUCCUCAUCUACGCUCACCUUGGACACCUUCUUGACACGGAGGUCCAGGACGAUCUACCACAUAUCUCAAGCCCUCCCGCGAAAUUGCUUCCAGCCCCAGCUUUUCAAGAUAGACAACUUCCGAGGACACCGCCGCGUCUGAGCUGGAUGCAAGACCAGAAUAACUCAGAUAUACGUUCUAUCGCUUCAUGCUCCGCCAUCUUGAUAAAGUCCACGGGCCUUUAUAUCCAAGUGGAGUUUGUGGAUCAAGUCAUGUCAGCUGAGCGAAUCCUCGAGUUUCUAGCCAGUUGUAGAGCGCCCCCGCACGCUGUCAUUUACUCUUUAAGUGCGAAGCUGCAAGGGAGUCACUCCACC